AUGUACCUUGUGCUAAUGCUCUGUAUUUUAGCUCUUAAUUCUUUGCAAGGGGAAGCCAAGUUCAAGAGCCUUCACUGCAAUGUCAACGAAGUGGACUAUCUUGAGGUUACAUUGUGCAAACUUAAAGCUAUUAAUCGGUAUAAAAACUCUGCUAGUAUUCACUUCAAACUUAAGCAAGAGAUCAACAAGGCAACCGUUCGUUUGGAAUUUUUUAAAAGGGCCAACGGCUGGAAGCCUUUUUUAUAUAACAUCUCUACGAAUUUAUGCGACUUUCUCAACAAUAAGAACAAUUUAAUUAUUGGUAUUUUUUAUGCCUACUCAAGGCCACAUCUCGCACAAAAUUAUACGUGUCCUUUUAAGAAAAAUGAAGUAAUAGAAAUGAACAAUUUUGAAUUGGACAUGAAUCAAUUUCGAAAUCGUUUUCCCAUCGAAACGGGAGAGUACGCAGCACACAUAAGUUUUAUACAUCGGCAGAAGGUAAUUGUCACCUUUAUAUUUACAGUGGAAUAUGCCAAUUAUAGGGAAAUAUAA